UUUGUGGAUUUUAAGACUAAAUUUUGAUUCAAUUUAUUGUAGUUUAUUGGCAUGAUUGUGUUAACAGAUUAUUAUCACAAUAUUUUUACAAAACUAAUAAUGACAAGUAUAGUAAAAGAAAAAUGCAACAUAAUAAUAUUAAAUAUUAAGAUUCUGUAUUGGGUCUGGGCUGUAUAAGGCUCAGGUGCGGCUCAGGUUUGGGGCUUCUGGUUUAUUUAAGGCUGAGAUUUGGGAUCAAUACUAAAACUUAUUCAGGCCCAGUGCAGGGCCACUUAUUAGUUAUUAAUUAGCAGAAAAUCUGAAUUGCUCUAAAACCACUUAAACUCCUUUGUACAGACAGAGUUUUUGAAGAUGCUCUCUUUCCUCAAAUCAUGCUGGAGAAGAAGAUCAUCAGGUUUUGCACAAGAUGCUCCAGGGCUGCUGUGAUGAAACAUCACCUGAGAAUGGAGUGUCCUCGAUGCAAGUGUGUGUCUCCACUAGAGGCAGCAAAGUUCUGUAGUGAGUGUGGCUGCAAGCUGUCAUCUGAGACAAAUGAGACAGCACCAGAUAAGUCACAAGAUGAGUCUCAGUCAUCCUCAGACUUUCCACAUGGCACGGAUAAAGAAAAGACUGAUCUCAGGCCUGAAUCAGAAGUGCUGGACGCCAGUGUAUCUCCAGCACGACCAAAUGAAGACGUCAGCAUCUCUAACUCAAUGAAAAAGAAGAAUCAGGGUGCCAGUGUAGAUUCACCGGUGAAGCACAGUCAGGAGCAACAGCAGUCUGCACAUGGGAAGAAAAAUUUUGCUGCUAAGCGGAAAUACAAUGAAAGCAUGGAUACAGGAAGUCAGAGUGUUGCGCCUCCAAAAAGAAAUCCAGCAUCAAAACAACAAAUAAGUCCCAGUGACAGACUCACCAUUUACUUUCAUGCGGUCCUUUCAAAAGACUUCAGCUUUAACCCAGAAAAGGAUUUUAUCUGCAUAAGGGCCGGUGGUAACAUUGGUAACUGGGAAAAUGAUUUGGUUGAACUGUCUGUGUUACGGGAUCUUGGAGAGCAUGGAUGUCUUGUUGGAGGGAAGUAUGUAUGCAAAAAGACUGAUGCUGCAGAUGUGCCCAUCCCAUACAAGUAUGUGGUUUAUAAAGAGCAUGAUAAGUUAUGCUAUGAAUACAUAUACAAAUCAGAUUCAAAAGAACCCACCAACAGAUGUCUAUGUGUUAAAUCACAACUCCUGAAUGAUGAAGGAGAAUGGCAUCAGUAUGAUGACAUCAUCUGUUCAGAACCAUCUAAAAAUGUGCUUAAUUGGUUGAUGGAUUAUGUGCGGUCUAAGCAGGGAAAAAUAAUCAAGGGAAGAGAAAUCGCUGGUGAAUUCAUGCUGGAAACUAUCUUUGACCUCCUGAGAAGCUGGAGCAAAAUUAAUCUCAGCAACUUCUUUUGUCAGCUGAGACAGUUUUAUGAAGUCUAUGGAAACCCUUUUGUAUUUGAAAAGAAAAUGGUGAAAUGGGGCUCGCUAAAUUAUGGUGAAAAAGAUGUGAGAAAGCUUCUGAAGGAGUUCAUGCUGAAAUGGGUAACCCCAGAGCUACAGAGAGGCAAUCAAGGAAAGAGUGCAUUCAUAAAGGAGCCACUGAAAGCUGCUCUCAUUAUGCUCUACAUGUGGGACAAGUAUAGACUAGAUUUAGACAGCGGGACUCUUUCUCGUCUCUGCACUGCCCUCUGCCUGCCAAAACUGUCUAAGGAGGAGUUCCUCUCUUUCUGGACUGACAUAACAGAAUCAUUUCCACUGAUAAACAUCUUGUCUGACAUGGUGGUCGAACUGAUCAAAAAGAUAAGAGCAGAGCACAUGUCCACUUGGAUCAUCGUCAUUCCACUGCUGCAUCUUCUCAAAGGCACUUCAAAGCCAUUUCAGCCAGUGUAUAAUCAAGGCAGCACACAAUCAGAGCAGAGCUGGAUUGGCCUGCAGGGACUGAAAUCACCACAUGUGAUAAACGAUAAAAGGGAGAUGCUGGAUCUCAUGAAGGCACACAGACAUUUGUUGAAGGUAGACAGACUGCUGGCACGGUCUUGGAUGUACUUGAUGACUGUAGACGAGUUAAUCGAUUGCAACUCCAUCAUCCAUGCAGAGCUCCUGGACAUCCUGCAGAUUUUCAUCAUGAAAUGCCCCAAAGAAAUAUCAAACAGGACUUCAACAAGCAUUUUGAAGAUUCUGGAACACAUUCAGAUUCACUUGAUCGAACGAAGAUACAGCUGUCCGAAUGAGGAUUAUGGCAUUCAGUGCAUACAAGCAGCUUGCAAACUUCUAGAGAAGAUGUGCAAAGAAGUCAGGAAAACUGAUAUCCCUCUUGCUUGCGUGAACGUUGUGGCUUCUGUAUCAAAAUGUGCCCAGACUACACAACAAACAGACUCUUUUUCUGAGAAGACUUAUGCAUUACUCAGUGAUGCCAAGCAAACUGUCCGAGCAUGGAUUGGAGAAGCUUUCAGAGCCAAACUAUUGAACAAAGGCUUUCGAUCAGCUGUCAGCUUCACUGCAGAGAUUGAGAUGUGGAAUAAUAUCAUUGCCAUAGAUUUCAUGAGUAAGGACUUCACUAAAGAAUGGAGAGAGACCUUUACCGGGGACUUUGAGGGAAAAUAUCAACAGGAAGAUCGUCUGGACCAAAUACAGGUUUACUGCUCAAAGAUUGAGGAACUUAAUGCCUCCCAUCCUUUAUUGGUGGGUAGCGUGGAGAAGUGUGCUCUCCAGGCUGUUACUGCAAUAUGCCAGGCUAAAUCUGAAAGGCUACUUUUUGAGAGAUUGAAUAAACUCUGCAUAAACUGGAAAUUUAAAUCGCUUGUGUCUACCAUCAUCAUACAUUCCUGGCCAAGAGACAGCAAAGGAACCUAUCUGGAGGAUGAAGAAGUUGUUCUCAAACAUCUACUGAACUGGACGGCAGCUAAGCAUAUCUUUGAGCUUUAUGGUGCUGAUGAAAAACUGAUCAAUCAGCUUUCUGAAGAUGCCAAAAAGAAAUUUGACAUGGCAAUCUCAUUAUUCAAAGACAUUUUAAAUCAGUUUGUUACGGGGAAAAUAAAGAUAAAGCUACUCAAUCACAUCCUGCAAAAGAGUAGCGCUUUCUUUGAGCUGUUUAAUUUAGACUGUUUUUGUGAAAUGGAUACACAAUACACGGACACCAAAGCCAUGGAAAGGCUUCUUGACUGUAGACGAAAGGAGGUGAAUGCUACUUAUCAUGAGAUAUCACUGGUCGAUGCUCUCAUUACAAUGUGUCGCAGUCUACAGGAACAUGGGAGGGUUGAUUUUGAAUGGUUGGAAAACAAACGCCAUAUUGACAUUGAUGAGAUGAACCUGGACAAGUUUGUGGAUGUUCAUUUAUUAAAUCAAACUCCCUCCACAAAGUCAAGAGUACUCAACUACUUUGAGCUUGAAGAUGAUGUUCGAUCUAUGGCAGAGGUCCUAAACACCUUCAAAGACAGCUACAUCUUCAAAGUGUGCUGGAUGAAUGAGGCUGCAAAGUUUGCUAAAGCUAAUAAAGCAAUUCCUCCAGCAGGCGAGAUGGUUAUCGCCCUCAGAAAGCUUCACAGUGACAUAUUUAAACCUUGCUACAAUGCCUACAAAGACAUAUACACCGGGCUUAAAGAUGGCAGCAUUACUUUUGAAAAAAUUGAUGAAACAUUCAGAGCCUACAAGGGAAAAUAUAAAGAACUGGCAGCAGAAUUCGCAACCAUAUGCAAACUAGAUCGUAGUGAUGAUCAAUGUUGGGUCCAGACAAGAAUCCAUCAGAUUGAGCAGUACCAUGAGCUUCAUCUGGCAAUACAGUCAGCUGAGGUGGUCACGAUGGUCAAAGAGACACUUUGCCUAACAGGAGACUUUCAAGUCUUGGAGAAGUUACUUGUUACUAGACAUGAGAAUUUUAAAAAGGAGCGUCUUGUUAGCAUUGACGAUGAAUUGGUGCAGGCAAAAAUUGUGCUUGUGGAUAUCACAGAAUCCCGGAGACUGUGCCUUCAGGAGCUUGGUCUCAAAAAGAAUUUUGUUCUGUGGGUUACAAAUGCUCUUACAGACAUCAAUGAGUUAAAAGUCUUUGUGGAUUUGGCUUCGAUCUCUGCUGGAGAGAAUGAUUUGGAAGUGGAUCGUGUGGCUUGUUUUCAUGAUGCAGUUCUUGGCUACUCCUCAAUGCUCUAUGAUUUGAAGCCAGAUGCCGACUUCAAUCUUUUUAAAAGGAUGCUGAAGAAACUGUGGAAGGCACUUGACAAUGACCCCAACCUCCCAAAGAAAUUGUGUGACUCUGCAAGACACAUAGAAUGGUUAAAGACAGUCAAGGACAGUCAUGGGUCAGUGGAAAUGUCUUCUCUGUCUCUGGCAUCAGCUAUCAACAUGAACGGAGAGUACAUUAUUAGUGCACAAAAUCAAAAGAAGUUAUGCUUGGAAGGUGUUCUGAAGUUACAUAUUACAGAAGAGCAUGAUGAGGGCUGUGAGGCACAUACUUAUUCUCUUGAAGACCUCAGGGACCUUCAGAAUAAAUUAAUGCUAAUGUCUGGCAAAGGAGAUCAGGGUCAGCGUGAAGUCAAUCGAUUUGCAGAGGUCUUUGCCAGUGUGCAGAGGUUGGCCUCUGCAUAUAUUGAUUUGUCUGUUGCUGGCAACCCGUUGUUCAGAGAAUGGGAGGCAAAGGUCAAGUGUAACAGUAAUGAAGCAUGCAUCAUUAUGCACCUCCAUUUAGGAAAUGAUGUUAGUGUCAUAGUGGAAGGUGAAGUCACAGAACAGUUGCCAGAAGUCUGUAAGAAAAUGGAGAGCUGCCUUCACUUCUGGAAGGCUUUUAUGGACAAGCAGAGAUCUCAGCAUUAUUACUUAAACUAUUUCACUGCAGAACAGGUGGUCUACCUGUGCAGUCAGCUCACCCAGAAUAAUGUGACUGAUAUUAAAGAUGAAGUUCUCAUGAUGCUCUCUUUUAUCAAACCUAAUUGCUCACUUUCAGAUUUGACACAAGCUUGGCAUAAAAUGAGCAAAAUGAAUCAUGAGCAAAAUGAUGACUUAGACUUUCAAACCUUUGUGAAAGUUCCCAGCAUGGAUGAGCAUGAUUUGAAUACUGGGGAGACAUGCCUAUCAUUUGAUAACUUGGCAAGUCAGUUGAGGCAUGUUAAUGGGUCAGAAAAGCUAGAUGUGAUUUGGAAUUCUUACAUGCGAGACAUGAGCAAUUUCCUGCCACACUUCCUUGAUGUCAGAAAUCUUGGAUAUCUUCUGGAAAUUUUGGCCAACAGUGAAUACGAAGGAGAUUCCUCACAGGAUGGAAAGACAAGGAAUAUUCAGAGAGAAUUGCCAAAGGGAAUGCUUACUGGAAAUCCAAAUCUAGUCAUCUGCCCUUCAGAAGAAAUUCUAAUAACAUGUAUUUCAAUUUACAUGAAGAGUGAAAAGGAGCCUCUACCAACCUACGAUGAAGUACUCCUCUGUAGUGCUUCCACUCAAUAUGAAGAAGUGGAGCUUUUCCUCAGGCGGUGUCUCUCUGCUGGCUAUGGGGGAAAGAAGAUAUACACAAUGCUUUAUGUGGACCAACUUACCUAUGAAGUUAGCUACAAAGUGGAGCAAUUUUUUCAGCAACAAAAGGCACAGAGCAGAAAGGAUUACAGACUGGUGUUGGUCUGCAGCUCUAAUAGAGAACAUGCAUACCUUCCCUCAGCCUUUAGUCAAUUUAGAUUGCACUUGCUUCCUCAAGAACCAAUCAUCAGCAUUCAGCGAUACCUUGUUGGGCAUUUUACAGUCCCAGCUGACGUAUCCAGUGCUGCUGCUGUGUUCAAAGACAGACAGUGUGUGGGAGUUGUAUUCUCAGAAAGGUCAGGAGUAGGAAAAUCACUUUACAUUAAACGAAUAUAUGAGAAAUUGAAGACGAUCACCAAGAACCCUUCGCAGCUGAAGAGCAUCAGGUUAAUUGAGCCAAGAGUUGAUGAAAAUGUCAUCCUUCAGUCCUUGCACAACAGCUCCAAAGAAAAUGAGCUUUCAGUCUAUCAUUUUGACAUAACCACUAUGGUGAAGAAGGGACUUCAUGAAUUUCUGUUCAGGCUAUUGAUCCUUGGAUACCUCAUGGACUCAGAAGGAAACAUGUGGAAAAGCAGUAAUAAGCACUUGUAUGUAUUUGAGAUUCUAAGACCUGAUGGACGGACAUCCCAAAAUGACAGAAGAGUUGGUGCAAAAGUUCCAUCUUCUUUCUUGGAUGUGUUUCCAAGUGUUUACUGCCGUCCACCCAAAGAAAUCCUUGAGUUAGAAAUGAGAAUCCAGCAAGAUCCAUCGUUUAAAGGAGACGAUCCCCUCAUGGAUGACCAAGAGUUCCGAAGUGAGGCCUACCAACGAACAUACCAGUACCUACGUCGUUUCCACAAUGGUGACAAUUUAGAUUCCUUUAAGUACCAAGGAACUGAAGGAACUCAUGUUGAAUGCCUGCAGAUGUUGUUUAUCUACUGUGGCAUCAUAGACCCCUCUUGGGCAGAAUUGCGGAAUUUUGCUUGGUUCCUGAACUUACAACUUAAAGAUUGUGAGGCCUCGGUUUUCUGUGAUGUUGCUUUCGUAGGUGACAUUUUGUUCGGAUUUAAAAAAUUUGUUGUUGAUUUCAUGAUUCUCAUGGCAAAGGAUUUUGCCACUCCUUCGCUUAGCAUCUCUGACCAAAGUCCAGGGAGAUUGCAAAAUGACAUUCCUUCUGCCAGUGAAGAGCAUCUGGCUCCCUUUAGGAUAAGAAAACGGUGGGAGUCAGAACCACAUCCAUACAUUUUUUUCAAUGAUGACCAUGUGUCCAUGACAUUCAUUGGCUUUCAUCUUCAGCCAAAUGCAAAUAAUGGGAUUGAUGCUGUUGAUCCAUCAACAAAAAGAGUGAUCAAGCAGAACAUCAUGACCAGACAGCUCUAUGACGGCCUUAAACUACAAAGAGUUCCUUUCAAUAUUGAUUUUGACCAGCUUCCAAGAUGGGACAAAAUUGAGAAACUUUCCAGGGUGUUGGGAAUACAGUCUCCUUCUGACCCAGAUGAAACAUAUGAGCUCACCACAGACAACAUGUUGAAAAUGCUGGCAAUUCACAUGCGCUUCCGCUGUGGAAUUCCUGUUAUAAUCAUGGGUGAGACAGGAUGUGGGAAGACACGGCUAAUUAAAUUCCUUUGUGAGAUGCACAGAGGUGGAGUUGCCACCGAAAACAUGAAACUAGUAAAGGUUCAUGGAGGGACAAGUUCAAACAUUAUUUACACAAAAGUGAGAGAAGCAGAGAGCAUGGCAUCGAAAAACAAGAAGGAGUAUGGCUUUGACUCUGUGUUGUUUUUUGAUGAAGCAAACACAACAGAGGCCAUUAGCAGCAUUAAGGAAGUCCUCUGUGACAACACUGCUGAGGGACAGCAUUUGACAAGUUACACUGGCUUGCAAAUCAUUGCUGCUUGCAAUCCAUACAGAAAACACACAGACGUAAUGAUCAAGAGAUUGGAGUCAGCUGGUUUGGGAUACAGAGUUCGUGCUGAGGAAACGGAUGAAAAACUUGGAUCCAUUCCACUUCGCCAGCUUGUGUACAGAGUGCAUGCUUUACCACCUAGCAUGAUUCCACUAGUUUGGGACUUUGGACAGCUAAAUGACCAUACUGAGAAAAUGUACAUCAAACAGAUAGUUGAAAGGGUAGUUGAAACCCAUUCUAUUGAUUCAAACUACAUCACAACCAUCACAGAUGUUCUGUCAGCCUCACAGAAGUAUAUGCGAACAAGACAGGAUGAAUGUAGUUUUGUGAGUCUGAGGGAUGUAGAGCGCUGCAUGCAGGUUUUCGGCUGGUUCUACAAAAACCACUCAAUGUUACUCUUAGAGAUUGGCCACUUUGAGAGUAUUCAGAGAACACAGAGAAAUGAGCAACAUCAGAGGGACACUGAUCAAAGAAACCCAGUUCUCUGGUCAAUAAUUAUGGCUGUUGGUGUGUGUUACCAUGCCUGCUUGGAGGACAAAGAGAACUACAGAAUAGAAAUUUGCAGGUUCCUCCCACAAUACAGCCAAAUGAAAGUGAUGGAGGAGAUCUCAGUUAUUCAGGAUGUUUUUCUGAAUGGAGUUCGUGUGGGUGAAUCCAUUGCCAGAAACAAUGCUUUAAAGGAAAAUGUCUUUAUGAUGGUGAUUUGCAUUGAACUACGUAUACCGCUUUUUUUGGUUGGAAAACCUGGAAGCUCUAAGUCCUUGUCAAAAACUCUAGUUGCAGAUGGAAUGCAAGGCCAAGCAGCUCAUUCAGAUUUGUUUAAAAGGCUAAAGCAAAUUCACCUGGUUUCCUUCCAGUGCAGUCCUCAUUCUACACCAAAUGGGAUCAUCAACACAUUCAAGCAGUGUGCCCGUUUUCAGGAAGGCAAGAAUCUAAAAGAGUAUGUCUCAGUGGUUGUGCUAGAUGAGAUAGGCUUGGCUGAAGAUUCCCAGAAAAUGCCCCUGAAAACUUUACAUCCUUUGCUGGAAGAGGGAUGCAUAGAUGACCAGACAGGACCCCACAAGAAGGUGGGAUUCAUCGGUAUUUCAAACUGGGCUUUGGAUCCAGCCAAGAUGAAUAGAGGGAUAACUGUUUCCCGUGGUGAUCCUGAUGAAAAGGAAUUGAUUCAGAGUGCUGAAGGAAUAUGUUCCUCGGAUGCCAUGAUCCUUGAAAUGGUGAGACAUUACUUUAAGCCAUUUUCCCAGGCUUACCUGAACAUCUGUAAUGGACAAGGUAAAGGUUUCUUUGGUCUGCGAGACUAUUACAGCUUGAUAAAAAUGAUGUUUGCUGCAGCCAAAGCUUCUAAUCAGAAGCCUAGUGCAGAACAGAUUCUGAAGGCUGUGCUGAGGAACUUCAGCGGCAAAGAUAAUGUGGAUGCUGUCACAGUUUUCACCAAUAAACUAAACAUCAAACACAGUCUUGAGAAUAUCAGUGCCAUUGAGCUUGUAAGAGAAAACAUCACAGCCAUUGGUCAAAAUGAGGAAUGCAGAUACCUGCUGGUUCUGACCAAAAACUACGCAGCCCUUCGAAUUCUUCAGCAAAUGUUUUUUUCAAACCAGUGCCAACCAGAGAUUAUCUUUGGUUCAAGCUUUCCAAAAGACCAGGAGUAUACUCAGAUAUGUCGCAACAUUAAUCGUGUCAAGAUUUGUAUGGAAACCGGUCAAACCGUUGUGCUUCUGAACUUGCAGAACUUGUACGAAAGUUUGUAUGAUGCUCUCAACCAAUAUUAUGUCUGGCUUGGAGGUCAGAAGUACGUGGAUUUGGGGCUCGGAACCCACAGAGUCAAAUGCAGAGUGCACAGAGAUUUCAGGCUCAUUGUCAUUGAGGAGAAGGACAUUGUGUACAAGCAGUUUCCCAUUCCACUGAUCAACAGGUUGGAGAAACAUUGUCUUGACAUCAAUACCGUACUAAAGCGUGAGCAAAAAGUCCUUGUUGAGCUUGAACAGUGGAUUGAACGGUUCAUUGCUAUUAAAGAAAAUCAGGCAAUUGCUCCUCAAGUACGCAGAUACCUUGCAGCUGAUGCUUUCAUUGGCUAUAACUCAGACACUUGUGCCUCUGUUGUCCUGCAAGUUACAGAGCAGCUCAAAACAGACCCUACAAAAGAGAUCUUAGAUGAGGCUAAACUGAUCCUUUUGAAUUGUGCUACGCCAGAUGCAGUGGUUAGGCUAGACUGCACUUCGCUCGCCAAAGUAGAAAGUGAGCACUUGUCAAGGGUGUACUUUCAAGACCAGAAGCAUGGCUCAUUUGCUGACUUCAUCCUUUCUCAAACACAGCAAGCAGGGUCUAACCAUGCCUUUUUCACAGAGGUAACUACAUUCUCAAGGCUUCUGACUGCAGCAGAAACUGAAGAGCUACAGAGCAUCGCUCAAAACGUACAACUCCUCUCUCUACAGCAGUUUGACACGGAAAACUCAUUCCUCAAGAAAAUCAAGAACUAUUUGGAAAACACCACUGGAGACAAGAUACUUAUCAUCCAGACCAACUUUGAUGAAGGCUCACAAAGUUUAAAUAUCAUUGGAUCUGCAAAGUAUUCUUCUCUCAAUGAAAUCAACAAAUUCAGGAAAGAGUGCAAUGGAAAGAUUUUUGUGUACUUUAUCACUAAACUAUCCAGAAUGGAAGGUGGGACUUCUUAUGUUGGAUUUCAUGGUGGCCCUUGGAAGUCAGUGCAUAUUGAUGACCUGAGAAUAUCGAAAGAUAUUGUACCUGAUAUAAAAGCCUUGCAGUGCCUGACCAUCAGUGAGUUGUUUACAGAUAAAGCAGAGGGAGCAGAUGAGCCUGAAGAGGAUGAAGACAUAUGUACAGAAGAAGAGAAGAUGGAACUAGAAGACAAUACUGGCUUGGAGAAUGUUUUAGACAGCAAAGUGCUGGUUCGUAGCUGUGUUCAGAGUGCAGUUGGCAUGCUGACAGAUCAGACAGAGGCAGGUGCACGCAGCACCAGGAGAGUAGAGAUUCUUCUGAUGCUCUUGGCUGACAAUGAGACUCUACAUGAUGAAUUUAUGAAAACCUUAAAGAAGAGACUUCAUUCUCUACUGACGGCUCAUGAUGAUAACAUGAUUUUACCCAGGAGCUGGGUCAUCAAGGAAGCACUAAAUAUUGAUGCAUUACAAGAGGCUGGGACUUUUAGUCAUGCCCUGUGGAGACGAGUUCAAGCUGUAGUAACUCCCAUGUUGGCGCAAAUUGUUUCAAUUAUUGACCGUGACUGUAAUCUAGACCUUUUGCUGGAUACAAACUGUAAUGAAUCCUUGAAGAAACUGUGGUUGGACAUUUUUGGAGAUAUCCAGUUACUGAAUGUUCCUUACACAAGAUUGGAGAACAACUCAGAGAAAAAGACAAUCUUGGUUCAGAACUACAUUGCAGUUCACAGCAAUGUGGCUUGCAAAAUGCCUUUUAGCUGGAGAAUUAAAGAUUAUCUAGAGGAAAUCUGGGAACAUGCUUUGCAGAGAGAAGGACACACGCUAGAGCAAUUUGAAGAGUUCUUUCGGGAGAUCCCCUUGGGCAUGUACAUCUCUGAAGCAACCCAAGAGAUGCAGAAGGAGUUUUUCCACAGGUAUCUCCAGGAUUUCAUCUCCAUGACCUUGAAUGUAACAUUGGAGGUGGAUCUUGAGCUCUUACAUGAAGCCCUUAACUGUGGUGUAAAUGAGCUCAGAGGUGGUCAGGAAGAAGAAGUUAUUUCUCUGCCGUUGGUUCAUGCUGCUUACCAUCAUUUCAAGAACCGAAUACAGAACCUCCACAGGAUGAUCAUCAUACAGCCUGAGAUAGCUCAGAUGCUCCUAGAUAACAGAUUUGCCAGAGAGGGUACAGAACUGGUGCUAGAUCUGUAUGCUGCAGUGGCCUGUAUUGAAUGGCUGGAGCCCCGGUCUCUGGAUGGAGAUCAGAGUCUGGCAUGGCUUAGAUGUGUAAAAAAGCUACAGGUGCCGAUUGAGCUGGUCUGCUGUGAGGAGAGUCAACGCCAUUAUGGAGGAAGGAGCAAACAGAUGGCCACCAGCAUCCAACAUGGUUGGCGUCGCAUUUACUGUCUGGCCUUGUUUGUGGAGCACAUGCUGUUGGGUGUUGAGGAUGUGCAUUUGGAGCUGAGACCACUGGUUCUUGACUACACUCGACACCUAGCACAAGCCCUAGAGCAGGACUCAGACCUCAAAAAGAAGCAGCCCUUUGAUGCAGUGAUCACCUUACUCAAAUCCUGCAAAGAUGAAGCAUCUCAGAAGAUUUUAAGGGGUCUCAUCAGUGAAAAUGCAUUGCUCAGAAAGCGAUGCAAUGCUUUCUUCAUUGAUCUGGUGUCCACAGUGUGCUUCAGGGACAACACUCCUCCCAGCAGAGACAUCAUCCUCCACCUGUUGUCCCUGCUAAAGGUAGAGGUCUGCUCGCUCCCUCAGAUCAGAGGGCAAGACCGGAGUUCCUUGACUAAUACUCUUUCUCCCUUCAAUGACUCUGUGGAGAGAAAUCCAGUGGUGCAUUCAGUGGUGCUGAAGCUCCUGCUCAAGUACAGCUUUGAUGAUGUUAAGAAUUAUCUUCAGCAGAAUCUGACAGAAGUUGAGCAAAGCAACAUCAUUGAGGAGACUAAUAAAACUGAGCUUUAUUCCUUGUACAUAAACUGUUUGGAGGACUCCAUGUAUGAUCGGGCACAAUGGCACUCUGUGGCGGAGAAGCAGGCCUGUUUGCAGCAGGAGACAUGCUUUCUGCUGGAGUUUCUUGAUUCUGUGUCUGCACAAACUGCAUCUAUAGAGCACCUGCAGCAGGUGGCCAGAGUUCGACUAUGCCUAGAUAUGGCUGCUGACCUGCUAGUCAACAGAGUAACUAAUACUGGUGCACAGGAUGAUCAUUCAUCUGUUAUCACAGAAUUUUUGAACAGAGUGGUUGAUUUGUGCUGUCAGAGCAGAAAUGACUGGUACAGGGUUUACCUCAUCAGAAAGAUAUGCAGUCUUCAUGGGAUUGAAUAUGUCCAGAAACUACUGCCACAGAAAGAGUUCAGAUGGCUGUUUCCUCAGGAGAUUCUUGAGUCGAAUCAAGAUAGCAGCCAGAUUGACCAAUAUCUAGCAUGUGGACCGGACUACAAAACUAUUAGAGAUGCAGUAGCCGAAGCCAUGCUAGAUUGCAACAUGAACAGAAUACAGAAAGCCAUUGAGGACUGCAACUGCACACCCAUGAAGAAAGCUGUUUACGUGCUAAUGGCUUUGUUCAGAGAAGUCACCUCCCUGUACAGAAAUGAAAACUCCACCUUGCACCCUAAACCUGAGCAAUGUAGUGGCCUUCAAGGUUUUAUCAGAAGUGCAGAAAUCUUCGUCAAUGAGGAAGUGAAAGCGUUUGCUGAAGCACUGGUGAAUAAUCGUCUGCAUGCUCUGCGUGUACAGCCACAGACCUCAGACAAAGAGUUUCGUCUGGUGGAGGUCACAGUUCACAUGGCUGCAGUCCUGCUAUGUGGAAAUUUGCCUUUACUGAGUCCACUGCAGCAGCUGGCACUGUCCCCAAACAACAUGACGGCUUCAUUCAUCCCAACUAUGCCGGAUGACAUGUUGGCUGUUGCUCAGCAGGCCAUGAAAGGUGUCCGGUGGUAUUUCUGUCCUAAUGGUCAUCCAUGUACAGUUGGUGAGUGUGGCCAACCCACGCAGAUCAGCAGAUGUCUAGAGUGUAAAGCAGAAAUAGGUGGUACCAACCACAUACCUGUUCGCGGCUUCCAAGCCAUGCAGACGCAAAGAGACGGCACUGAAUCAGGACACAUUCUGGGUGAUGCACAACGCCGUGAUCAUCCCGAUAUGCAGGACACGAAGAAUAUGUCACCUGCCCCCUUCGCUCUUCUCAGACUGUUCACACACAUGGCCAUGCUGCUGGGAGCUGGAAAAACCCCACGGAGUGUCCUGCAGAUCAUCAAGCCUGCUGUGCCGGAUCCUGGGCCGUUCCUUGUGGCCCAUCUUUUGAAGGACAUGGAGCAGCUGAGCAGAGCUUUGGGCAAAGGGGUGGAUGAUACAGACAGUACCAUCCAUUUGAUCAUCCACAGUCUACUGGAACCCCAUCCGACCCGCCAGUGGCCUGUUCCUUAUGAUCGAAUACUUUCCACUAAAGAUGCAAGAAACGGAUGGGAAAAUGCCAUGAAUAAUGAUGUCAUUACCCGUCAGCUGAAGGAUCUGGACAAUCAGCUAAAGGAAGUGAGUGCUUUCAUCAGGAAAGAUGAGCGAGUGUCUUCUAAUCCAGUGAUGAAGUUGACGUUUGGGAAACCAGAGCUUUUCCUGCACUGUUUGCCCCAGAACUCCCUUAUCCAUAAUUCAUCCAUCUGGAGCUGCAGGAGGAAGGUCUCGAUGUUGAGUCUUGCCCACAUUGUGGAGCAGAACAAUGGCCGAGACACUUUACCUGUACUCUGGAGGUUCCUUCAGAGGGAUGCAGAGCUACGGCUGGUGCGGUUCCUUCCUGACAUCUUGGUUCUCCAGAGGGAUUUGGUUAAGAAGUUCCAGAACAUGACAGACCUUAACUUCAAAACCAUUGGAGAGUUCCUGGAUAGCCAUAAAGAAGCUUCACUAGCUCGGUAUGAAAGGUACAUAAAAAUCUUCUUGUCAACAUGGAACCAGCUCAGGGUGUCUCUGGCUGCCACAGGAGAGAUAAAGCUGCCGGCUGAAUAUACUCAAGAAGAUCUGGGUCUGAACGCUGACCUGCAGGUGCUGCUGCCACAGAGACAUGGUCUGGGCCUCUGCUCCACUGCCCUCGUCAGCUACCUCAUCACCCUCCAUAAUGACCUUGUGUACACUGUGGAAAAACACACCGGAGAGGAGUCUGGCUACACGGUAAGCCCAGCUGACCUGACGGAGCUGCACGUGAUCCGUUACGAGUGUGAGCGGGAUCUGCUGCCUCUCAUACUGUCCAACUGCCAGUACAGCAUGGAGUGCGGACAGGAAACACUGAUGGAGUACGACCUGCCCAAGAUUCAGCACCAGAUCAUCACCCGCUUCCUACAGGGCAAACCCCGCAUAACCCUUACUGGUAUUCCAACAUUGGUGAACAGACAGGACAGAAAUUAUGAGAUCAUAUUCAAGGAUGUGAAGAGUAAAGUUCAACAGGAGCCGUUGCAUCCUCUUACACAACACAACCUUGUGAAGGAGCUGCAGUCCUACAGAGAUGUGUGUGAGGCACUGUCGACCGCCGAGCUGGCCCUGGGUUUCCUCGCCCUGACGGGGGGAGAGCCACACGUGCCACUGGGCGCUUAUCUGACGGAGGUGCUGAAGAUGGCCGACAACAUGGCCCCGCACAUCUUCAAGGCAUUGAGCAGGUGCGGUCUGAAGCACUGUGUGGCGCUGUGGCAGCUGCUCAGCUCUCUUAAAUCAGAGACGAUGAUAAGUCUGAGGAGGGACCCAUUUGAGAGCUUCAGCGAGGAGUACAAACAUCCCCUACAGGAGGAACACAAGACAGCACUCAACAGUUUCUGCACUAAAUCCAGUGUCGGCGCCGUCCUGUUGGAGAUUCACGAGCUUCUGCUUUUGGUUCUGAAGGACCCAAAUGCCACACAGACCUUCAGGCCCGACUGGAGUCUGAAAGACACUGUUGUGUCCUACAUGGAGCGCAAAAAUCUGGAUUUUCCUCCUGAGGUGGAGGAGUUGUUCCCUGAAGAGAUUCUGCUCUCACAGUGCAUCGAUAUGUGGAAAUACUCUGUUAGUCUCAGAAAAGAAAGAAACCAAAGUUAGAUCCUCGAUUAAUUACUUAAUUUUGUUUUAUUUUGUUUUUUACCCAGGGAAAGCUUAGUUUUAAUUUACAAAUAGUCUUUUUUUGCAAAUUGAAGAAUCACUUUCUCCACUCAUACAGUAUGCUGUAAUAUUAUGUUCUGAUCUGUCAAAGUAUCUCUAUGAUAGUUAGCAAGUACAGUACGACUUGUCACAAAGUAUAAAAUGUUGCCGACAAUUGUUUAACUUUUUUUUGUUUACCUGAUACUCUAAUAGAAUGUAAACUUUUCAAGUCUCGACUCGAGGACCUUUACCGUCCCAUCCCUCACUCCACUACUUCACUUCCUGCCUGUCCAUACUGUCCUAAUGAAGGCUAUAUAUAUAAGAAUGUUUUUGAUCAGUAAAAUAUCAUUGUAUUGCUUAGAGUAGAUUUAAAAAAAUCUUUUUUUUUCCAUUUUUCAAUUUUUCAAGGAUUUUUGUGUAGAAGAAAUGGACCAACAAGUAUGCUGAAACAAUGCAGCAUGAAAAAUGAAUUUUCCUGUGACUAACUUUGAUUUGAAUAAAAAUGAUAAAUGUUUACCUCCACUUCAAAGCUGGCAUGUUGUGUAACAGUUUGUAUUUAAGCAUAUUUAAAAUCUUUCUUUUAACAAAAAAUGUAUGUUAAGUUUGGAAAUGCAUUUUCUCACACUUUGACGCAUUUGAAGGUUUAAAUGAAAUAUAUUUCCAGUUGGUUCAUUAAGCCACGCUAUUUACAACAUAAUUUUAUUAUUGGAAAUACCCUUCAAUUUUCCAACUGUACUUGUAUAACUGCCUCAACUACGUUAAGUGACUGCUAUAGGUCUGAUUUUUAAGGAAGGGAAUGGCUAACUUACAUAGACAAUCUAAACCAGGUAUAAAUCACAUGAAACAGUCAGGCAAUGAAAAUGUUUUUGCAAUUUUAUAUAAACAAACCACUAAAAAAAAAAAAUAAAUAAUUACAUUUUUCACUCUUUGUUAUAUUGC